CACGUACACAAACACAUACAUACACGGACACGUUAAAAAAGAAAAAAAAAAUUCCAUUAAAAAUCUUAACAAUAUAUAUUAUUAUUCCUUUUAUAUACGUUCGUUUUCUUGUGUACUUUCGUGUCUUCUUCCUUCUCGUUUCUCUGAUCGUUUUCAACGUUCAACAUACAUACAUACGUGCCAUCAUGGAUAUACGAAGAAUGUCCAAUUGGAAUGUCCUAAGCGUGGAGGCAGCACUGCAACAACUGAAUUGUCUCGAGGAGGAUGGAAAAGAGAAGAUCAUCAAACGUUCUAAUACGACGAUAGAAAAACUACCGGACAAGGUGAUUCUAAAUGUCUUCAGUUAUCUGUCGCAUCGAGAGAUAUGCAAGGUCGCAAGGGUUUGUAAAAAAUGGAGGCAAAUCGCUUACGACACGCGCCUUUGGAAACACGUAUCAUUAAGACCGGAAAUCAGUGGGCUCCAUGUUGGAUCACUCGAAAGUUUAUUACAUUUAAUAAGCAUACGUUUCGGUGCAUCUUUACGAUACAUCGAGUUACCUAUCGAGCUUAUCACUCACACCGUCCUCCAUGAAUUAGCAAACAAGUGUCCUAAUUUAACUCACAUGCUACUUGAUUUUUCGACCGCCAUGCAAUUACACGAUUUCUCAGAGAUGCAAGCAUUUCCGACGAAACUUAAAUACAUGUGUAUCUGUCUUUCGGAAGUCAUAUUUAUGGAAGGUUUCAUGAGAAAAAUUUAUAAUUUCAUCAACGGUUUGGAAAUACUUCAUUUGAUUGGAACUUACGAAAAAGUUGAGGAAGAAGAGGAAGAAAUUUACGAGGUUAUAAACGUUCACAAAUUGAAAUCGGCGACGCCGAAUUUGCGUGUGAUCAAUUUAUAUGGGAUAAAUUUCGUUGAUGAUUCCCAUAUAGAUGCAUUUUCCUCAAAUUGUAUACAAUUAGAGUGUCUCGCUGUGAAUUUUUGUGCCAAGGUCACCGGUUCAACCAUGAAAACUCUAUUCCAACGUAGCAGAAGAUUGAAGUGUCUUCUAAUGCAAGGAACAAAUUUGCAAAGCGAUUACGUUAUGCAAGUAGAAUGGGAAAAAUCCAGUAUUCAAGAAUUGGACAUAACAGCUACGGAUAUAUCAACUGAAUGUUUGAUCGACAUGUUAACCAGAAUACCUGGUCUUCGUUUCCUCAGUGCCGGCCAAUUAAACGGUUUCAAUGAUAGCGUGUUAAAGGCAUGGGUGGAAUCUGGCAAUCCACGAAAUUUAAUUGCUUUGGACCUUGACAGUUCGGAUAAUUUAACUGACGAUGCUUUGCACAAAUUCUUGUCGAGACAUGGCCAUCAACUUUGGGGUAUUUUGUUAUCUGGAAUGCCACAUAUCACCGAUCAACUUUGGCAAAGUGUUUUACCAAUUCUCACUAAUGCCAAAAUUCUCGUAAUGGGUACCCAAGAGAGACUUGGCGUUAAUAUUCAUGUAGAUCAGCUAAUGGAUGGAAUCGCUAAUAAUUCUCCUAAUUUGGAACGACUCGAGUUACGUUGGGAUCCAGAAAAUUUAAGAUUUUCCGAUAAAAGUCAAAAAGCCAUUGACAUUUUACGCGUUAAGUGUAUCAAACUUAAGUGUUUGGUUUUGAGCGAUGGAAGAUAUUACGAGAUCGUUAAAGCUAAUUUCGAACGUGCCGAUAGACUGACAGUCGUACGAACGACGACAUGUUGCAGAGUGUCAAAUUAUUAUUUAUUACAAAAUUACAAAGAUUUGAUUUUUAAUUGAUGUCAAACGUGACGUAUACACAAUAAUGGUUUCACGCUAAUGAUUUCACGCUAAUGGAUUUUCGAAAUUAGACGAUAUUUACAAAGGCGAUUUAACAACAAAAAGUCAUAAAUUACGAACAGACAGAAAUAAAAGGAGAAAAAUAAAUUGGAAAAAUUUCUUUCAUUCAAUUAUCGUUCAGAUAAUCAAACCAACUGACAGGCUCGAUGAUAUAUAAAGAGAAUAAUUCUUGACAAUUGGCAUUGAGGAACAGAAAGAAUCAGUCGAGUAUGAGAUUUAGAUUAACAUGGGACAAAAAUCUGAUGAGAGUUUUAUGAUAAAGUCGUAUUCCUUGAAUCUCUUAACAGCUUCUUUAUUAUCUCAUACUUUUCAAGAGUCAGAAAAUUAAGAAACAUUUGCUUUCCUAAGAAAUUAUAGAAAAAAAAGUCUGCUCGCGAAUUUUCGUAGAAGAAGAAUUGGUAUUUAAUUUUUGAAAAAAAGAAAAUUUAUUUUCGUUAAUUUUCUUAAUCAAAAAGAAUCAAAGAUUGUAGACGAUAAAAAUCUAGAAAAUAUGACAUCUACGAUAGAAAAAUUUGAAAUAAAUUUUAUUGCCAAUUCAAAGAGCGAUAGUUGGAAAUGUAAAGAGACAAUUCAAAAAGCACUGUACGAAAAUCAAAUGGCGACAAAAUAUUACAGAUUUCUAAAGAAUUUACGUGGAUAAUUGUGAAUCGUAUACGACAAUUGUUCACAAUAUCAAAACCUUUAUUAUGACAGCAUUUUCCAAUGUCUGUUGAUGUAGUUUUGGCGUUAAAGGAUUGGUCUACUUAAUAAUAAAUGUCUCUUAGUAUAUCAUCGUCAAUGACGAUUAUUUUUAUGAAGAUUGAAAAAACAUGAGAUUAGUAUUGAAUUGAAUUGAAAAAUACUAUAUUUCUCAAGUCCAAUCAAGCCAUUUAGCGCAUCUGUUUCGAUGUGAGAAACACAAAAAAGACUGAAGAAUAGUAAUUAUUUUUUUGUUUUCUAAAAUAAGCAUUCAAUGGAACUGUUAAUGUUCAAAGAUAGUAGUUCUUAGUGUCAUUUUGAAAUAUUUUUAUACAUUACAAAGGUAA